CUCAUUAUACUAACAGAAUUAACGUUAAUCGAGAUACGAACAUACUUAGCGUCUCUUGUAAGCCGCCUGGCGGUGUUAAACAGCGCAUGAGGUCGCCAUCUUCUUCUAGGAGCAGUAUUGAAGAAAUUAAAAAAUGCUAUUAUAUGAUAAAUUAUAAAGAAAAAGAGGGAUAUAUGGAAGUGGAAGAAGAUGUAAGUGGGCGCGAGGAAGGAGAAUUAUCAGACGAUGGAGAAAUAAAAGGAGAUUCUGAAGAAGAGGGCGAAGCAAAAGAUGACCCAAAUCAAGAAGUGAACAUUCCAGGACUUGACCUAGUGAACAGACCCGAAGACGCCGUAGAUAUCCCAGGCUUAGACCUGGUGAAUAAACGAACGCCUACGAGGUCGAGAACCAGGCAGGCCAGCAGCAGAAUACUUGAAAAAUACCGUCAUGGAAAAAACUCUAAAACAACUCCCCGUCAACAAUCUCGAAGGCCAGUAUCCCCUCCCUCGCUUCCAUCUCCGUCCAGCCAUUUCUGGGCCAGACCCCCUGUGAGUAGGUCACUAUCCCCAACAUUUCAUGGUCCCAUUAAUCAUCACAAUGAACCCCAUCAUCAGCCCCCCUCCCGCAUACCCCACCGCCCCCCUCACUAUUCAUCCCCGCCAAGGUACCACCCCUGGGGAAUGGAGAGAGACCCCAUGGCAGCAGCUCAAGACUGGAGGAGAAAUUCUGGUUCAAGAGACACCAAUAGGCCUGUUAGAGAAAGGCAUCGUAGUAAUGGGCGUCAAUCCAAACCAAGACCAACAUCUGGAGAUAAACCCAUAGAUAAAAGUGAUGGAGAUUAUAAUGAACUGCUUCUGAGGUAUAAAUUGGUUCAAAAACAACUGGAUGUAUUAAGGAAGGAAGAUGAGCAGGCAUCAAAAUUGCUUGGUGGAGAAGAUACAGGAUCAAAAAAGAGAGAAAUAGAUGAACUUGACACAGUUACGUCUACUGCACAUACUGAAAAUGGGCAACCAGGGAGUGAAGACCAAACUCCAGACCCUGGAGCCAAGCUAAAGUCUGAAGAGGAAGAUGUUGAUGAGCUUGAAUUAAGACUACUUGCACUAGCAUCAGCAGCCAAAAAUUUAGAUAAAAAGCCUGUUCUCCAAAAGAAAGCAGAAGAUGAACCACAGAAAUCUCAAGACCAAAAGCAGCCAAGGAGGGGGAGGCAAGAAGCACUUAGAAAACCUGAACCUUACAGAAGACAGGAUGUGCAUAGAAAACAAAGUAACAGAAGAGGUCCCUCUCGACGAUAUGCCAGACAGUCCUUGGAGAGAACAAAAAGACCAACGCGCAGGUCAUCUGAACGAGAAAGACAAAAAGAAUGGGAGAGGCAAAGAGAAAGAGGAGAGCAUAGAUUUGAUGACCAAUCAGAACGCCCUCGUUUGAUUGCCUCGGUCCUGUCAAUUGAUGACCCAGAGGAGCAGUACAGAAGAUUCAUGAAGAUGGUUGCAAAUGACAGGAACACAACAACAAGUGGUAACUCCAGGAGUCAGAGCAAGUCUCCGAGACACCAAGGAGUGAGCAGUGAUAGGACUGGAGAUUGGUCACAUGACCCAAGAGAAGCGGAAAACGAUGCUCCUCUAGUACUACUGGACAAUUAUGAAGAGGUGGAAAUGGAAAUAGACAGUAAUGAAGGCUCGCCAGCCAUUUUUACCGAAGAUUUGGGUCCUCAAUUUGGUUUUGAAGAUUUGUACCUACCGAUGGAAGCUCCGCUACCAUCAGGAGGUGCUGGUACAGUUUAUCCCCCUCCACCGCCCCCACCACCUGAGGAACCACCCCCUCUGCCUGAGGAGGACCCAGAAGAAGAUGAAGAGGAGGCAGAACUCAGAGCAAUGUUGUUACAGGGUAUUAUAAAUAAGAGGAAACAAGUGGACAGGCCAGAGCCAGAGCAAAUGUCAGAACCCAGCAGCAGAAAUGAGUCCCCUGUACCAGUUCUCCACAAACCUAAGUACCCACCCAGGCCAAAGCGCGUCAUGCAUAAGCCUUUAGUGAUCAACUUGGGCGGAGACUCCAGUGAUAGUGAGCAUGAAGACAAGGGAGCUACAAACCUGCUGGGAGGCCUGGAUUUCUUCCUCAAACAAGCAAGACAAUCCGUAGAGACUCCAAAACCAGCAGCACAACAAAAGCAUAGCCCCACUACUCCCGAAGCUAUGGUUGGGAUGCCAGAGGACAAGAAGAGGGAAUAUAAGGAACUAAAGGAAAAGCUGAUUAAAAAAGAAAAAGAGAAACUUUCACAAACCUCCAAGUUAAACCAAGAAUCAGGAAUUUCCAAAGCUUCUAAUGAUGGUGCUGCAAAACAAAAUGUCAAAAAAUUAGAGGUGUCACAAACUGAUGCAGUUUCUGUGAAAGCUGUUCCAACACUAGAUGGUGUUGCUAAUCCCGAGGCAAGAGAAGCCAGUGUUAGAUCUGAUGAAUUAGAAGGACUGGAAGUGAAAUACCAAAAAUGCUCUGAGAAGAUAGUAAUACAGAGGCAAGGUAUAACUAAAGAUAAACAAACACUGAAGACAAUCCAAGUGCAUUUGGAUAAACGUACAGUUGCCCUACAAACUGCAGAGGAAAAGAUUCAGAAACUUCAAGAGCAGCUGGCAGCUGCUGAGAAGAUUGCAAUAACUCAUCGUAACAACAUCGAAAAACUUAACAAGCAGUCCAAUUUAAUACAAACCAGAAUAAAAAGAAGAAGUGCUAUCUUAAACGAAACAGAAAAAGAAGCAGCGGAUUUAGAGGCAAUUUUAAAGAAAAACACAAUUACAGACAAUAUUGCUGUAAAUUCUGUAAAAAGGAAGGCCAAUUCAAUAGACGUGCAAACAGUAAAGAAACCAAAGACAGUGGCAACAGAGCAAGCAAUUGCAAAGGAAACUGUGAUAACAACAGAACAUUCAGAAAGGAAAAUGGACAACAGAGGGAAACAAAAAUUGACCAAAGAGCAACUUCAGCGAUUAGAGCAAGAAUACAGAAUAAAAAUUGAAAUGCUUAAGAGGACUCAUUUAGAGAACUCUGUAAAAUCAAAAGAGCAAGACAAAAGGACUAAAGAACACAGGAUCAAGUUCAACACAAGAAGAGCAAGAACUAAACCCAUUGCUCAGCCAAAUUUAGAAAAUAUUGAAAAGUUGACUGUCGGCCAGGAAAAAGAAAAGCCUGCAAAUGAUUUACAACCUAAAAUCAGGAGGAAAUCUUUCUUGGAUUUGAAUAUCAGCAUGAAGCCAAAUCUUGAAUUAACAAAUUUAGAGCAAGGUGUGGGUUCUGUUGCUACAUCAAAACCAGUUGGUAAUGACAAUGAUAAUGAGAUUAGUUCUGGAUCUGCAGCUAAAAUCUCAACUAAUACCAAUGUGCAGCAGAAAGUGGCAGAUAGAACAGAGGGACAAUCACAGUUUACAAUGCCAACUGGCAGCCAGCUGGAGAAUUUGUGUAGAUUACAGAAGGAGAAAGUAGAUAAGUUCGCUGUUGAUGAAUUUUCCACCAAGAACAUACACUAUGAUCUUACAGAAGGUUUUUGGUCAAGGUUGCAAGAGAUUCCGGGAUUGUCAUUUGAAAUGGAGAAAAGCACUGAUUCUGUAUGCGAUAUUUUCUCUAGUCAAUGUAAUCAGUACUGCAGUCCACUGCUGAACUUUAGAUCUUACAGGUUCAGUCCAUAUUUUCGUCAAAAGAGUGGUCACUGCUUGACAACUGCCACAUUUGCCCACAAGCUAGAGCCAAAGAAGGCACUGUGUAGGUUUGAUCUAAAGGGAACGUGCAAUGAGGAAUGUCCAUGGCAGCAUGAAAGUGACCAUGUUAUGACAGCAAGUGAACAGCUGAUAGACAUUAUAUCCUAUUGCCCAUCUGUAGCUGGGGUAGCUGAUAAUGCAUCAGCAGAGGAGUGUGAGAGAAUUAUCAGUUCUUGGGUUGAUAACUUCAAGAAGCAACAUGAAAGCAAGAUGAAUCAAGAAGAAAUGUGCCUUUUAUUGGUUGACAAAGUCAAUGAAAAGACAGGGCAUUCUCCCCCUUGUACUGUAUUCACUGAGCCUAGGAAGUGGAAGCCCACUGCAAUUUGCAGAACUCCACCGUCCCAAGAAUUAAAACCAAAGGAAACUAAAGUAUUAAUGGAUCUUCACAGUUCAGUGUCGCCAGUGGACACAGAUGACAUAAUAAGUGAGCAGGACAUACGCUAUUUCAUGCUGAGCAGUCAUGACAUCCAGGACAUGGAGUCGGCUGUGUUGGAGACCCCUCAUGAUACUCAGCUGUGGAUUAAGCUAGCAUAUAAGAAGAUGAGGGACCACAGAAGUGACAGUCCAACAGACAAAGGACUAGAACAUGCACUAAAUGUCCUAGCUCGUGGCCUGGAGGCUAACAAACACAGCAGUGACCUGUGGCAACAUUACUUAAACCUGCACAAAAAGCUGGGUCAGUUCCAGGAGACAUUAGACAUGUGUGAGCAGGCAGUGAAACUGGCUCCAUCUUAUGAAUUAUGGUGGAUGUACUUAACCCUGACCAAGCCGUUCAGCAAGAAGGAAACUAUUUGUCAACAGAUUCUUGCAUAUCUCCAAGCUGUGCACCAUAUGCCACAGGCACAAAUCUCACACCAGAUUCUGGAAAUAAUGCUCUACCAAGUUUCUCUUAACAUCCAGAGUGGGAGAUACAAGUCUGGAUUGAAAAUAAUACAGAAUGUCCUUAAGCCUGAAGUAGGUGGCAUCAGUCCCCUGUGUAGAUGUAUGGUACCCCAGGACCGCGUGCUCACAUGGCUAGCAUACUUAAACUUACUAGAGACACAGAGCCUGCCUCAGUGUAUGUUUGAUCCUGCUAAUAAUAACCCCGGGAGAAUCGUCAACAAGGAACCGUUUAUUGUUCCAUGGAAAAGCAAAAGACCCAAAGGCAGCAAAGACAAUCCAAUCCAGAAUUUCUCUCUGGCUUUUAAACAGUGUUCACAGAGUAAACUUGGCACAGAAAUAAACAUUGCCAAUUGUAUGCCACUGUAUAGAAACCUUGUAGCUUUAGAGGUGGCUAAAGGAAGAUAUGAGCCAGCCAAGGGGGUGUGCCGUAAGCUGCUGUCUUCCAGCCCAAGCAAUACAGAUUUAUGGUUGUGUCUAGCUGACAUCUGUAAGAGACAGAAGAAAGUGGAAGAAGUCAGAGCGGUGCUAUCUGAAGCAAAGUCAAAAGUUGCAGGGCCCAAGGCCUCGGUAUUAUAUCAUGCAGCUGCCAGCUUUGAACUCACACAGGUAAUUCUCUUGUUGAAUGACAGUCCAACAGACAAAGGACUAGAACUUGCACUAAAUGUCCUAGCUCGUGGCCUGGAGGCUAACAAACACAGCACUGACCUGUGGCAACAUUACUUAAACCUGCACAAAAAGCUGGGUCAGUUCCAGGAGACAUUAGACAUGUGUGAGCAGGCAGUGAAACUGGCUCCAUCUUAUGAAUUAUGGUGGAUGUACUUAACCCUGACCAAGCCGUUCAGCAAGAAGGAAACUAUUUGUCAACAGAUUCUUGCAUAUCUCCAAGCUGUGCGCCAUAUGCCACAGGCACAAAUCUCACACCAGAUUCUGGAAAUAAUGCUCUACCAAGUUUCUCUUAACAUCCAGAGUGGGAGAUACAAGUCUGGAUUGAAAAUAAUACAGAAUGUCCUUAAGCCUGAAGUAGGUGGCAUCAGUCCCCUGUGUAGAUGUAUGGUACCCCAGGACCGCGUGCUUACAUGGCUAGCAUACUUAAACUUACUAGAGACACAGAGCUUGCCUCAGUGUAUGUUUGAUCCUGCUAAUAAUAACCCCGGGAGAAUCGUCAACAAGGAACCGUUUAUUGUUCCAUGGAAAAGCAAAAGACCCAAAGGCAGCAAAGACAAUCCAAUCCAGAAUUUCUCUCUGGCUUUUAAACAGUGUUCACAGAGUAAACUUGGCACAGAAAUAAACAUUGCCAAUUGUAUGCCACUGUAUAGAAACCUUGUAGCUUUAGAGGUGGCUAAAGGAAGAUAUGAACCAGCCAAGGGGGUGUGCCGUAAGCUGCUGUCUUCCAGCCCAAGCAAUACAGAUUUAUGGUUGUGUCUAGCUGACAUCUGUAAAAGACAGAAGAAAGUGGAAGAAGUCAGAGCGGUGCUAUCUGAAGCAAAGUCAAAAGUUGCAGGGCCCAAGGCCUCGGUAUUAUAUCAUGCAGCUGUCAGCUUUGAACUCACACAGGGUGAUGCAGACAGUGCCUUAGAGGAGUUAGAGAGAUGUGUUAUUGACCUAUUUGAUGUUGAUAUCAAUAAUUCCAAGAUAUGUGAUCCCAACUUGCUCUACUGCAAAGUCCUGGGCCAAAGUCUGCCUCUCACCUAUAAAGAACCACAGUACAAAGAAGGUGUUAGUGCUGAGGAUGUCAGAAAACACAUGUUGUAUAUGUGGCUGAAUUACAGCACAUUGCUCCAUCUCCAAGGGGAUGAUGCCCAGGCUGUGGAAGUGUACGAGACAGCUCUGUAUAGUGUGAAGUCUGUGGAGGAUGUUAGGGCAGUUUGGGUCAGCUAUCUUAGACACAAGUUCCAGGUUGCUCUCACCAAAGGAAAGAGUUCUGAGGUGUCCGUGUUGCGUGAUUUAAACCGUCGGUGCCUUCAGACUACACCAGUAUCUUUCCCUUUGCCAUUCUGUCCUUCCAAACACUGGAAUAACUACACAUUCCACAACCAGGUGGUGGACCUUUACCUUCAGUCCCUCACAAAGGAUCAAAUAGGGCCAGCAUUUCGGCAUUUCCUGAAAAUGAUGCCUGGGAAUGUGGAACUAGUUGUAAAGUCAGUGCAAUACUUUCAUGAAGAUGGAGAUGACCCUGCCAUUUUGAGCUUGUGCUAUCCAGCAUUGUAUGAUCUGCCUGCCUGUACAAGACUUUGGAAAAUUGCUAUUAAUCUGCUGCUGAAGCAGGGAAAAGUGAAAGAGGUUCACAAAGCAUACCAGAAGGCAGUUGGAAGUCUCCAGUACACCGUGUCUUUAUGGAAAGAUUUCAUCCUGUUUGCCAUCAGUCAACAAGCAGCAGAGGUUGUAACCAAGUUGAUAGAGGAGUGCAACCGUUUAGAAGUGAACAUUGCUCCCUUUGUUGCCACUAUACUCAAACUUUCUUGAAGCCCAAGAACCAGUUGUAAUAUUAGAGCCCUGUCAAUGAUUAGAUUAUUGUCCUUUUACAUUAAAUAUAGCCCAUUAAAUUUUAUUUAUUUUUAAAUUCUUCUGAAAUGGUGUAAACAGGUCAGAGAUAUUUCAACUUUUAAGUGAAUAUUAAGAGUUGCAAAUUGCUUGUUAAAGAAAAUCUUUUUUUUUUUUUAACGUUUGGCAGCAUGGACUUAUUAUCCUGCAAAUCUGAAUUUUGACCUGAAAAUUUAAAACAUUUGAAGGCUGGGAAGAUCUAAUAAUAAUAAAAAAGUAACUUUUUAUCACAAACUUGCAGGCCAAACCACACAGUUGUUGGUCUUGUGCUCCCUGGCAAAGUGUGAAAAUGAACUAAUAUUGAAAGAAAAUAUUCAGUAUGACAGAACUGAAAACCUAUCACACUGCCCUUCGGUAAUGUUUAUGGUAUCCUUGGCAACAGCAUGAUAACACCAGCAGUGAAGAAUGCCCAUACAACCUGGAGAGAUUGGAAUGAUUACUGCGCAGUAAGUAUGGUGAACAAAACCAGAUGGAAGUUCUGUUCAAACCCUCUCUGGUGUAUAUACAUAUAUGUGUAUGCUGAGACAGAUUGGUGAUGGAAAAAUCAAUGAGCUGAAAGUGCUUGUGCGAUUUGAGCCUCCACCAAAUCAACCAGGAAAUCAAUUAUUCUGUAUACAAGAGCAGUGUAAAUAAGCUUGUAAUUAAAUCGAAUAUGAAACCUCAUUCCUUAUGGAUUAUUUCUCAGCAAAUCUGAACAACCAGGUACUUCAUUUGCGACACAUAUGUUACACAUUUCUGUAAACUGCAAAAUUCAUUGCGAUUUUGAAAGUAGUAGGGAAUUCAUGAUAGUCCCAGUUACUUGUGACUAUCAGAAACUGCUUACAGAUUGAAUCUUCCAUCUGAAUUUGUUCAUGUAUAUCUGCUUGGAGAUAUAUAACUAAAAAUGGUAUUAAUAAGCACAAGUGACAUUGUUUUGUUUUGCAUAACUAUGUAUAAUCUAGAUUUUUUGUUGAUAAUGGCAGUAUUGUGUCUUUGUUGUUGUUGUUGUUGUGCUAACUUGAGUUGAGAUUCCAGCCAGCAAACAAGAUGUUGGUCUACUUAAUAAUGGUGGUGUACUCCAGAACAGUUUAUUGAGCUGGAAAGUUUGAUACAGUAACAAAUUGAUGCACUCUACAGCUGCUUGCGGAUCUUGUGCUCUACUGCACCGGAGUUUAAUGCUUCACUUCCUGUAUUUCUACAAGAAUUGUUCACUGAUGAUUUGAUAUACUGAGACCUCCAGUGCACUAUGGAACAUUGUGCCUGUAAGCAGACGUUGCUUGGCAUCGUUUUGAGUCACACCUGAGGAAAACUACAGACCUGUUAAAAUUUACUUAAGAAACAUCUCAUGAGUGCUUAUCAGAACGACGUAGUUAACAGUAGACAGAUAUAUUUAUCAUGUACUGGUAUUUCUCAUAUUUCCUGUUGUAGUUUAUGAAAACUUGAUUGAAGCUGCUUCAGGGCUUCUGAAUUUUUAUGAAAUUUUGGCUUCUUGUUUUGAGAGACAAAUAUGAAGCAAAAUUUUA